UUCCUGUUGAGCUUUUCCAAAUGGCGAUAUUGAAAGGACAUCGCUGUCUACCAGUCUCUCCAUACAGACAAUUCUCCAUCAAUUUCUCAUUAUCUUUCCAUUCCUUGCCAUCAUCAUCCCCAUCAGAUCAAAACCCUCCUAACGAAACCUUAAUUUCAUCUGUUGUUUCGAUUCUUAGAGAACAGCGCUCAAAGAGCCGAUGGAACUUCAUCAAAUCCCUCUAUCCUGAUGGCUUCUCACCAACAGAGGUUUCUCAAAUUAUCAUCCAUAUCAGAAACAAUCCUCGUCUUGCCCUCCAGUUCUUUCUUUGGUCAGAGAAGUCUCUUUGCACUCAUGACCUACUCUCUUAUUCCACUAUCAUUCAUGUACUUGCUAGAGCUCGCCUCAAAUCCUUAGCACAAUCCUUAAUCCAGACUGCCAUUCGAUUAUCUGAAAUCAACAACUUUGAUGACCCAGACAUUUCAUCAAAGCCUCCUAAGAUCUUUGAGACCCUUGUGAAGACAUACAGGUCUUGUGAUUCGGCUCCUUUUGUUUUUGAUUUGCUGAUCAGGGCAUGCUUGCAGUCGAGGAAGAUUGAUCGAGCAACUGCGAUUGUUUGGCUGCUACGUUCCCGUGGGAUUUAUCCUACAAUCAGCACCUGUAAUUUGUUGAUACGGUCAGUUUCCCAAUUAAAAGGAUGUGAUGCUGGCUUUGCAUUUUACAAGGAGAUAUUUGGGUUUGAUGAUGAGAUUAGGAGUAAAUUAAGGGUUACAGUUCGUCCAAAUGUGCAGACUUUCAAUACGCUAAUGCUUUCCUUUUAUCAAGAUGGGAGGAUGGAGAAGGUAGAAGAGUUAUGGGUUGAAAUGGUCAAGUUCAAUUGUUCCCCAAAUGUCUUUUCUUAUAGUGCUUUAAUGGCGGCUUUUUGUGAUGAAGGCAAGAUAACUGAAGCUCUCAAAUUAUGGGAAGAAAUGCGAAAAAAACAGGUUGAGCCUGAUGUUACUGCUUAUAACACACUUAUUUGUGGUUUCUGCAAGAAUGGUCAAAUGGAAAGGGCAGAACAAUUUUUCCGAGAUAUGACAUUGAGUGAAAUUGAAGCAACUUGUCUAACUUAUGAGCAUCUGAUUAAAGGAUACUGUGAAAUUGGGGAUAUCGAUUCUACAGUCCUUUUAUAUAAGGAUAUGUGUAGGAAAGAUUUCAGGCCAGAGGCUUCCACAAUCGAUAAAGUGGUACGAGUGAUAUGUGGUAGAGGUAGGGUCAAUGAAGGUUUGGGUUUUCUAAGGGAUGUCAUGAAAAGGCAAGAUUUUUUUCCAAGUAUAACGAGCUAUGAGCUUCUAAUAAGAGCCUUAUGUAAGGAAGGUAAAAUGGAAGAAGCAUUGCAACUUCAAUUAGAGAUGGUGGGGAAAGGUUUUCAACCAAAUUCGGAGAUCUAUGGAUGUUUCAUCGAGGGGUACAGGGAACAGGGUAACGAGGAAAAAGCAAGAGAUUUGAUGAAGGAGAUGCUUGACAUUGGACUGUAGCAGGAAGUAGACUAAAUUUGCUUCUUU